AUGGAUGACGAGCUGGAGAACUUCAUCAGGGAGCGGAGGGCGAGAAUGGCUGAGGAUAAAGCCAGUCUGGAACAACACGACCCUCCUUACAUGGAGAUAAAGGCAAGACCCCACAGAGCCUAUGAGUCCACGGUUAAGGAGAACAUCCCACCCAAGUCUAUAGCCCAGGAGAAAGAGGAGAGUGUCACUGUGGGUCUGCCCCUCGGUGUGGAGUACGAGAGGAAGAAGCAGAGGCUGCAGCAUGAGCUCCGUAUGGACUACAGGCGCUACAUGGCUCAGAAAAAACACUUUGGCCAUGCAGAGCCGGGACCAUUAAUUCACCUUGAUAACAGGAGAUCUAUCAAGCAACACCUGCUUGAAAACCAGGCAGUUGUUUUUCCCAAACAGCGCCCCCCGUCACGGAGGGAUGCAGCCACUCUAACAGAUUGACAGUCGGGGGUUCGCAGGGCUUUGCGGCUCGCUGAGGUUAAGACCCUCCGCCCUGAGGAGGAUGAGGAGCAGUCAUCAGUACUUCCCAGGGAUUAUGACAGGCUGGGGAAGCCAGUGGACCAUGACUCGGAGGGGGAGGGCUCGGAGGACUCUGAGGAAUACUUGAAGGAGCUGGAGCUGAUGGAAGGAAGAAGGCGCAGACAUGUAGGGGUUGAGGCCAGCUAUGAGAAGAGACAAUCCAAUAAGACUGAUGGCAGGGAGAAGAAGGACAAUCUAGGAGGCAGAGGAUCAAGAGCAUUGACCCAAAAUAAGGACACUGUUACCACUGGCCUUAUUAUAGGAGCUGCCGAUACAAAAGAUGCCUUACAGAGGAGGAAGGAGCGCUACAGACAAGAGCUGCAGGAGCAAAUCGCUGAGCAGCACAGGAACAAGAAGAGGGAGAAAGAUUUUGAGCUGAGAGUUGCUGCAACGGGAGCAAAUGAUCCUGAGAAACAGCCGGACCGAAUCAGACAGUUUGGACUGUGCAGAAGAGAAACUCAUCAGGUUUUGGAGCCUUCAGCGACGGCAGAGAGUGAAACGUCAUCCCGAGCUCUCCCUAACAAUGUGAGGAUAGUUGUUGGAGACAGGGAGACGCCUCCUCCUGAGCAGCCUCACGUUGCCUUCCAGUCCCCUCUGCUGCAGUUCAGCUCUGCCCUGAGCCUGUCUCCCAACAGCCAGCCUGCUGCCCCCUCCUUCCCCAGAGCCAUGGACACUCCCAGAAUCCCCUCGUUUCCUCCUCAUCCUCCAUCAGCUCUCAGUGAAGCCUACAGGAGCCCGUACGAAGAGCCCCAUCACUACUACGGCACCAGGAACCUGCUGGAUCCGAACAUGGCCUACUAUGGUCACUUGCCUGUUCCUGGUGCCGGGCGCCCGUUGUCCUACUGGAACGUUCCACCGGGGGGAGCUCUGCCCAGCCAGUUUGGCCACCACAGCCCUCACAGCCAGCACAGUGGAAGCAGCUUCCCUGAGCCUCCAAGACAGCCGUGCAAUGAGGCUGCUACUGUGGACUCGCGUCGGGGUUUCCCUUCAGACCGAUCCAGAUCAACCAGGGAUAGGGUUCUGAGCUACAGGGAGGCUUUGAACCGGCAGAUCCAGGAGCAACAGGAACAGAGGCGUCUGGAGAGUGAGGACAAGGAGCGGUACGAGGCCCGGCUGGAGGCCGACAUGAAGAACCACCAACCGUGGGGUCGAGGUGGAGGAGGAGCCCCGCUAAGAGACAGCACUGGAAACCUCAUCGCUGACCUCAACCAGAUGCACAAGCUGAACGAGGAGGCCUACAGCAACCCGGAGCAGUGGCAGAGAAGAGCCACGGCCGCCAUGACGGCCCGCCGGGCAGAGCUCCCCGACCCCAACGACAGGGUCUCUGGUACUGUAGCAGAGUGCAGUAGCCAUGACACUAGUGACAGGCUCUCUGGUUUCACCCAUGUCCCAACCUCCCAGUUUGCUAGAGGCAAUGUGUUUACCAACCAGCCCACCCAACAACAGCUCCAUGAGCAGGACAAGUACAAAGCUUACCUCAAACAGCAGAUUGAUGAGAAAAUGCUAAAAAAGGCAGAGGAGAGGGAACAGACGAGGCUGGAGGAGGAGAAAGAGGAGAAGAGGCUGGCGGAGCAGAGGGCUCGCAUCCAGAGGGAGUAUGAUGAAGAGCAAGAGAGGAAGAAACGGAAGGAAAUGGAGCAAAAGGCCAAGAAUGAAGAGCUGGUUGAGCUGGCUGAACAGAGGAAGAAGGAAGUGGAGAGGAAGAAGAAUGAAGCAGAAGAGAAGGAGAGUGCAACACUGAGGAGGCAGUAUGAGAUGGAGAGGCAGGCUCGGCUGGAGGAGGUCUGCAGGGAGCCCUCACCUCCCAUCCCCGCUCUGCAGAGGAAACAUGGGCUACACCAGUACACCCCUAGGCCCCCCACUGUUGACAGCCGGCAUUCAACUGCCCCCCUGUCUGAGCGCUCUUUGUCUGGUCUCCAGUCCCCUCCUGUCCCCGCUCGGAGGAAUCAGCUCCGGGCUGCAGGUGACCAGCGCGAAGUGUUUAGCGAGCUGUCGGCGCUGCGUCGACAUCUUCGCAGCGAAGAAAAGCGUCUGGAGGGUCGUCUGCAGCAGGUGGACUGGGACGAGUUAGACUCUCCUCUGAGUGACAGACAUCGGGAGCGUCCUCUGGUGGACGUGUUUGAGAUGGCCAGGCUGCGGCUCCAGGCUCCGGUCCGAAGGCCCAACUCCAGAAACACGGAGCCCAGAAACCUGCAGCGGAUCCAUGACUCCCUUCAGCUCAAAUACACAGACGGUGAGUCCAGACUGGGCUUCAGUGAUGUUCCUAAGGUGCAAGAAGUGGGUGUGUUCAGCAGGAGGAGGCAGGACUACAGGGAUCCAUAUCACCAGUUCAGCAGGCAGAUGUCUACAGUUCAGGACGAUUAUUUUGACCUGUCGCCACCACAGCAAAAUGAGUAUCUGAGGAGUGUGAUGGGGGGGUCUGCAAGGGGUUCUCUGCUGGAGUCUGAGAGUGCUUUCAUUGACCCCCUAGGUGAUGCUUUUCCAGUCCCUCGCACCCCAGAGCUUGAAAAAGCUCCUCUGCUGUCAGCCAGGGAGAGGAGGAGGCUGGCCAAACAGCCACAGCGCCCCCAGGAUGGAGCUGCUUCCAGACAACAGGAGGACUACUCUGCCCACUCGGGUAACAGACUGCAGCAGGAAGCAGAGCCCAGAGAUGAGGGGAGGAGCCGGCACAGGACAGGUCGUCUGAUGUCUCUCGGUCGUCGUGGCAACACAGCCGAACCAGUGGAUCUGUCCGAUGACAACUACUCCCCUCCCCGGUUUUCUCUUCACAAUCUCAACCACGGAAGCUCUGCAGAAACCGUCUCCACGGAUCCCUGGAUGCGGCCGGGAACAUCGGACACGCUGAAAUGUUUGGAGCGACCAUCGAGGAGGGAGCGGUUGACGACGUAGCGUCACGCCCCCCCGAGACUGGGAGGUGCCUUCUUCUUUUGACAGCUUUUCUUUGAAUCAUUAGAUCAUGGCUGGUUUUAACUAGGGCUGCCAAUCCAUUAUAAUAGUUAAUCGCACAUUUUUCAUCAGUCCAAAAUGUACCUUAAAGGGAGAUUUAUCAAGUAUUUAAUCAUCUUAUCAACAUGGGAGUGGACAAAUAUGC